AUGAAAUUCAUUGACGAAACUAUGGGAAAACGAGACGAGGAUUCUGCAGCAAGUUCUUUUGCAUCUGUGGAUAGUUAUGAGAUAUUCGGGAGUGGGUGUUCCGACUUCACUGACUGUGAGUACUGUGAAGAGCGAAGGAGGCUCUACAAAAACCACAAUCUCAGAUACUACUCACCGAGCUUAACCACGAAUCACAGUUAUUGCACCGCCAUGAGUUACAUGGAGGUUUCACCCCUACUCCAAGGUGCAGCGCCCACCAAUACCUACAAAACCAUCAGCCGAGGUAGUUUUGACUCUAUGGGUCCAGGAGAAUUAACAGCAAGCGGUAUCCUGUCCACGUACACCAAAUUAGAGAAAUCAUUAAAACAAGAAAGACCUAAACAAAGCUCACUUAUAACUAUUUUCUCAGUAUGGAACACGAUAAUGGGGUCAUCACUCCUCACGAUGGCAUGGGGCGUGGAGAGAGCAGGAUUACCCGCUGCAUUGAUCCUGGUGGCGUUCAUGGCAGCUCUGUGUCUGUACACGGCCUAUGUACUACUUAAGGUCAACAAACAUCAUGGUAGUGACAACUGUGAAGUACCUGCACUUUGCCGAACACUGCUCGGUCCUUGGGCGGAAGUAUUAGCCCAUAUGUUCAGUCUCCUGGUGCUGGUGGGCGCCAACGUUGUCUACUGGAUUCUCAUCACGAACUUCCUCUACUUCACCGUCAAUUAUUUCGUUGAUAUGAACUCUUCUUCAAACAUAACAGAAUACAGCACAAAUUUGCUCUGUCCACGUCAUCUGAACGAGUCCCUUAUGAUAGCCAAACCAGAGGCAGACUCAUCCUACUGGGGGCUGCAUUCCACCGUCCCUAUGUACGUCGCACUCAUCGUCUUCCCCCUCCUCAACUUCAAGAAUGUUUCAUUCUUCACCAAGUUCAACUCUUUCGGCACUUUGUCGGUAAUGUACUUACUGAUCUUCGUAAUAGUAAAAGGCUACGCAUGGGGAAUUAAUAUCAACACUAUCUUCGCUGAAACACGGCCCUUGAAAAAUGCAGCAGUGCUUAGUGGUAUGCUCGCACUAUCUUUCUACAUACACAAUAUUAUCAUCACAAUAAUGAGCAACAAUGCGAGACAAGAAAAAAAUGGCAGAGAUCUGACGAUAGCAUUUUUGCUAGUUACAAUAACAUACACACUAGUGGGAGCUGUGUUUUAUAUUUGCUUUCCAUUGGCAAAGUCCUGCAUAGAAGAUAAUAUACUAAACAACUUCGAAAAACACGAUGCUAUGACUGCGGUUGCUAGAAUACUAUUGUUAUUUCAAGUAGUAACAGUAUAUCCUCUGGUCGCGUUCAUGUUGCGCUCUGAGGCGAUUCUGCUAAUGGCCAUCAAGGAGACGAAGGUGCUUACAGUGGGCAUCAACGUCAGCAUCAUGGCUAUGUGUGUGCUCUUCGCCUGUUUCUGUCCUAACAUCGGAACUAUUAUUAGGUACACAGGAGCGGUUAGCGGAUUAGUGCACGUGUUUGCACUGCCUGCUCUGCUGCAAGUGCGUUCGCUGCAACUCCGCGGCCGUCUCACGUUCUGCAAAACGCUGUUCUACGGCGCCAUCGUACUCUUCGGAGCACUGAAUCUCUUGAUGCAAUUCUUCAUCAGCGAAUAG